CGGCUGUGUUCGUGUCCUCCGCUCACUACAUCUUGUCGCUUCUGCGCGUUCUGAUGUGCUGCUAGCCACCAUCCCCGAAGCCAGAAUGUCGCAGACCGAAGUCGUGCACAAUAACGACCCCGACGCGAGCAGCUCGCGCGGGAGCACCGAGGAGAAGAAGAGCGAGACCAAGAGCAGGAGGCCGCCGAAUAACGCCUUUCGCCAGCAGCGAUUAAAGGCGUGGCAGCCCAUCCUCACUCCCAAAACCGUCCUCCCGCUCUUCUUCGCCGUCGGUAUCAUCUUCGCGCCCAUCGGCGGCCUCCUCCUCUGGGCCAGCGCGUCGGUGCAAGAGCUCACCAUCGAUUACUCCGACUGCAAUCGUGCAGAGACACCCACCUGCCCCGACUUCGCGACCAUCCCCAGCGACAAAGUCAGCUCGCAUUUCAAAAACUCGACCGACCCCGCGAAUGCGCCGCAAUGGUGUGUUGAACGCGAUGUGCCCGUCGGCUUCCCGCUCAACAGCUCCAUCACAAAUAAAGGCCACGAGGUACCGACCACGCAAUGCCAUUUGCAAUUCUACAUUCCCGACCGACUCUCCGGGCCUGUGUUACUCUACUACCAGCUCACCAAUUUCUAUCAAAACCACAGACGAUAUGUGCAGUCAUUCGAUCAGGACCAAUUGAAGGGCACCUUUAGGAGUAAUAGCUCUAUCGGAGGCAGUGAUUGCGAUCCGUUGAAGACGGGAAGACUCAAUGGGACUGUGGGAGAAGAGAAGGCGUACUAUCCUUGCGGCUUGAUUGCGAACUCGCUGUUCAAUGAUACCUUUGCGAAUCCUGUGCUGCUGAAUGCGGCUGGGUCGAGUGCGGGAAAUGUUACCUACAACAUGACGAACCAGGGCAUCGCGUGGUCGUCUGAUCGGGAGUUGUAUGGCUACGCACCAUAUAAUGCUGCGGAUGUCAUUCCACCUCCGAACUGGCAGGUUGCAUAUCCCGAAGGCUACAACGAACAAUACCCGAUCCCCAACCUCAAGGAAUGGGAGGAGUUUCAGGUCUGGAUGCGUACGGCUGGUCUACCGACUUUCAGCAAAUUGGCAUUGCGCAAUGACAUCGAGGCGAUGGAGAUUGGACGAUAUGAGAUGAUCAUCAAUGAUUACUUCCCAGUGCGGGUCUACGAUGGCACCAAGUCAAUUCUCAUCUCAACGAGAACUGUCAUGGGUGGCCGCAACCCCUUUCUCGGCAUUGCAUACAUUGUCGUUGGCGGACUAUGCAUUGUGCUUGGCGGUGUGUUCACUGUCACACAAUUGAUAAGGCCCAGGAAACUCGGCGACCACAGUUACCUGACGUGGAACACCGACCAACCCUCAACGGCAACUACUACCGGGCGAGCACCUAGAACUAACGAGGCAGCAUAGAAUGAAGAAACGACUAUUGUUCAUUGUUUUUCAAAGCACGCGAAUUUGAUACAGGGCGUUUGUGGUGUUCUGCGGCGCGGCAUCGGGACUAUACACGGAUAUCUGGAUAUUCGAUCGCCGGUGAGACCGAAGCAUCACGGAGGGAGAAUGUAUGUUUGCCUGAUACCAAUCGA